AUGGAGUCUCCGAAGGGAAAAGAUUUUCAACAGCAUUCUUACACUGUUGAUGGGUUUAUUCAAGUUCUCCAGGUGUGGACGUACUAUGCUCUGCCAGAAUUUGGUGCGAGUUAUGGGAACCCCAUACCAAACAGACCGUCUCCGCUGUUGCUGGCUUACAAGGGUGGCAAAGGACACAAAGGUUUUAAAGAGGCCAUCAUCAUACAUAUUACCGUGAUCAACUUUGUUCCAAAGGACAUUGGUGAAUGUUUACGCGAUGGGACUUUGAUAUGGAAGUGGACCAUGCAUUGCUGGAAAGUCACCGGUACUAAGCCGAGUGUGAAGAAGGAAGUGAGUGCAGCGGAGACAGAGAGUGGUGUGAAGGAAGAAAGUGGAAGACCUCAGAAGAAAGCUCUUAAAGAGAAGAUGACCAAAGAGGAUAUUGAAAAAAGCUUCAGGGACAUAGCUGAUGUCAUGAGGGAUGGGUUUGAGAUGUUUCUGAAAGAGAUCAAGUCGCUGGGGGAUAUGAUGGAAGCUGUGGAGAAGAAGGUGGGAAUCACCAAAAAAGGGACUGCAUCUAAUGAUUUUCAAAUCACAGCUUCAAGUCCGCCUAAACCCGGGGUUAGUACCAAAACCUCUCCCAAAAUCACAAAGAGUAGAAUCACUAGUGAAAGUGUGAAUGGAGCGAAAGCAGGACAAAAUGAUGCCCAAGAACCGAGUUCCUCGAAAGAGCUGAGGCUUGUGAUAGCAAAGGAGCCCGAGGUGAAACCUUACGAACAGAGUGGUGAACCUAGCGUUCUUGUAUUGGGCAAAGGAGCACCCACUGUUUCAGAUUUACAGCAGGGGGAAGCUAGAAGGCAGACAAAGAAGGCUAAGGCUAUGGAAUUUGUCCGUGAAAAGAGUGAGCGAGAAAGGAAACUUGCUGCCUCACAACAAUCUCCUUUUAAGGGAAACAACACUGCCAAACUGAUCAUUCCAAACAAAAGGGUUGGCCAAGGCUAUGAUCCUUUUGCACCCUUUGACAAGAAGAUGUCGAAGGUGCUCACUGACUGGCUGAAACUUGAUCUGUAA